AGUGAUUGUUUUCAACAACGAUUCAGAGAAAUCCAUUUUGUGAAUGUAAAUUCCAUAAUCAAAGGAAUAACAAAUAUUUUCGUCCCAUUUAUGCACGAAAAAAUCGUAAAACGAAUGAUAAUGCAUAGUGAAGUAACGACUCUGCAUAAAUUUAUUCAUCCAAAAUAUCUUCCUGUUGCGUAUGGAGGAGAAUUACCCGAUUCCGAUUCACGCGAGUUCAUUGAAAUAUUGAAACAAAAUGAAGAUUUCUUUCGACAAAACGAAGAAUAUGUGAAAAUGUAUGACGAAGAGGUCAAACGAAGAUUCUCUGAAGGAACAUUCAAGUAUAUUGAUCGGGAUAAUGUGAAUUACGAAGACAAAGUUAUAAAUGAAGUAGAAGAGAAAUUCAACCGCAUCAAAGAGGAUCCAGAAUAUUACGCGAAACACUUUGAAAAAAAUGCUCUGUUCGAAGUCACGCAUUUGUAAAUCAAGUUAUUUGCAUAUCUUAGUGUAUUACUUCUGGUAUAACACUAUAUUAUUAUUGUUGAAGACAUUAUAUAAAUGAUAACAUUUUAAAAACAUUCGAAUUUUGAAGAUACUGAACUUAUAUAGACUACUGUAUACGGGAUGAAUUUAUUUAAAAAUUAAAAUUUAUCAAUUGAUAUAUGUAUGGAUUAUUUUUGUGAUUGUAAUUGAAAUAAAUGGGUGUAGGCAAAUUAUAAUAAACAAAUUACCUGUGAACCGCCGGGGAGGACGUAGGCCGUCUCACCUCCCUUUCCGGCAACAGGUCGUUAAUUUUACUCACUUUUCAAGAUUACGAUGUCUGGUCCCGAGGGUUGAGACUCUCAUAUGUCGGUCGAGUGGAGGGAGACGAUAAGGUGA